CUAUUUACUCCCUUAAAUACAUCCAACCAUUUCUUAACUCCUCUUCUCCCAAAAAAUCUCUCUCCCUUUUUUCCAAUCUCUGCAAAAUUCUCCUUCCAAAAAUUUCCUUCUGAAGAAAAAUUUCUUCAAAAAUGAGUUCAUCAACAAAAGUAGAUCUAGAUGGAAAUCCAAUCAAAGCAAUGACGAUCUGUAUGAUUGGUGCUGGUGGAUUCAUUGGUUCACAUCUAUGUGAAAAAUUAUUAUCUACAACUUCACAUACAAUCUUAGCUGUUGAUGUUUACAAUGAUAAAAUCAAGCAUUUGUUAGAACCUGAAUCUCUACCAUGGAAUGGUAGAAUUCAAUUCCAUCGUAUCAAUAUUAAACAUGAUUCUCGUCUUGAAGGUCUUAUCAAAAUGGCAGAUCUGACGAUUAAUUUAGCAGCGAUCUGUACACCGGCGGAUUACAAUACUCGUCCUCUUGAUACAAUUUACAGUAACUUCAUUGAUGCACUUCCAGUGGUGAAGUAUUGUUCAGAGAACAAUAAACGAUUGAUUCACUUUUCCACUUGUGAAAUCUAUGGAAAGACUAUUGGAAGUUUUCUUCCUAAAGAUCAUCCUCUACGUCAGGAUCCUGAAUUCUUCAUCCUUAAGGAAGAUGUUUCCCCUUGCAUUUUUGGUCCUAUUGAGAAGCAGAGGUGGUCCUAUGCAUGUGCUAAGCAAUUGAUCGAGAGGCUGAUUUAUGCUGAGGGUGCUGAGAAUGGCCUCGAGUUCACCAUUGUUAGACCAUUCAACUGGAUUGGUCCAAGAAUGGAUUUUAUCCCCGGUGUUGAUGGUCCAAGUGAGGGUGUUCCUAGAGUUCUUGCUUGCUUCAGUAACAAUCUCCUACGUGGUGAGCCACUCAAGCUUGUAGAUGGUGGGGAGUCACAGAGGACCUUCAUUUACAUCAAGGACGCUAUUGAAGCUGUCAUGUUGAUGAUUGAAAAUCCAGCUAGAGCCAAUGGUCAGAUCUUCAAUGUUGGUAAUCCUAACAACGAAGUAACUGUUAAGCAACUGGCAGAAAUGAUGACGGAGGUGUAUUCUAAAGUAAGCGGAGAACCCAGUCUGGAGUCCCCAACGAUUGAUGUUAGCUCUAAAGAGUUUUAUGGUGAAGGCUACGAUGACAGUGACAAGCGAAUCCCUGACAUGACCAUAAUCAAUAAACAGCUUGGCUGGAACCCUAAGACAUCUCUUUGGGACUUGCUUGAAUCUACUCUUACAUACCAGCACACGACUUACGCAGAGGCUGUGAAGCAGGCCAUUGCAAAACCAACGUCAAGCUAAAUGAUAUUCCAGUUAAAUUGAUUUGUGGGUUGAUUGUAAUUCUCUUCACUCAAAAGAGCAGAUGUUGGCUGGAAAAGGAGACCUAUUCUUUUUGAAGGAAAGCAUACGUAAUAUUUUAAAUGCUUCGUAUAGUACUAAGAUUGUUUCUUCUUUUUUCUAUUUGUACCCAGCAGAGGUUAUCAGUAGUAUCUCAGAAAUUUGUUACUUCUAAACUCAUUCUUAAGAAGUUAGGGAGGGCUAGUAGUAUCUUAUGCUGACAGGGUACCCCUCUCUCUGCAUCUUCUCCACAGUAUGUUGGGUCACGUACCUUUCUUAAGGUUUACGGUUUCUCUCGUUUUCUAGAAGGGUUUUGCUUACGUCUCAUUCCCUCUCAAGGGCUGUGUUGUAUCUUUCUACUUGUUUUCUUUAACCAACUUAAAAUUUUAAGUUCCUUCAUUUCUUUAUCUGUUUAAAUAUAUUGUUAGUAUUAAAAUUUUAGCA